CUCGGACCUGCCCACCUCGCUCAAUGACAGGCGGCCUGUCACCAUCAUGAGCGAAGAAACAGAGAUAUAUGACGCAUGGCAAGGCCAGUCGCAAUUCCUCACCACGCCCAUGCCGGCCCGCCCGCUCAGUUUCAACCUUUCGCUGGACGACCCGACCUUUGGCGAUGAGGACAUGCAGCAGCUCGAGGACAGCGACAGCCGCCUGGUCCAGAUGCUCGCUCACCAGGCGCGCCUCAAAAACGACAACGCCGGCGACGAGGCCAAAGUGGUCGCCGACGACAAACUAUCGCAUGAGGAGAAGAGAGAGGCUCUGCAAGGCCUCUUUACUCUAGCUGCCUCCAACGGCGAGCUCGAGAGGGUAAAGCGGCUACUGGACGGCAAAGCUCGCGAGUACAUCAACAUCGACGCGGUUGACGCCGAGGGCACCCCCCCACUGGUUUAUGCCAGCUGCUUUGGCCACGAUGAUGUUGCCACAACGCUGCUUGAGCAAGGCGCUACUGUUGAUAUCCAAGACAAGAAUCGCUGGACGCCCCUCAUGUGGGCCAUGACAAAUCGACACAAGGACAUUGUCAAGCUUCUGCUAGACCAUGGAGCAUCGACCGACGUCAAGUCUUCGGGAGGGAGGACCGCUUUUGAUUUUGUCGAGCCCAACACGGAGCUGUCCGAGUACCUACACGAGAGCGGGUAUGUCAUUGGGAACGUAGGCGUGGGCGAUGACUUUUACAACUCUGGCUUCUCGCAAGACCGCUUUGAGCAGGAAAUGCAGGAAAACGACAUGAAGCGCCGCAUGAUGAUGGAGAGCGCCUUCAACCUGGAAGUGGAUAUUGGAAAUCUCGGCCUGGACGAGCAACCAGAGUCCCCCGGAGAGCCAGAAGAAGAAGCCCAAGAGUUCGUAUGGGACAGGUGUCUCAACGACCAAAUGUUUGUCUUCCAGGAAAACGAGCUCGAGCGCAUCCUCGACAUCAUCAUCACCAACAUGACGCCGCAACGCUCUCCUUCGCAGAAACCCGUACCCGCAAACAUAUUAUUCCUCAGUGCCCGAUAUGCACAUUACCAUGCCAACCCAGAGCUGCUCGAGACACUGUUGGUAUCUGCCAUGAACAAGAUCAAUGAGGUGGUUGAGAAGCACCAGUGGGACAUGACGGUGCUGGCCUUUUGGAUGUCGAAUGCCACAUUGCUCCUGCAUUAUCUCAAAAAAGAUCAUGGGCUGGUGGGAUCGACCAACGAUUUUCAGCUGCAAAUGGCCGAGCUGAUCAACGAAAUCUUCAUCUUGAUUAUUCGUGAUGCCGAGCGGAGAAUGGACAAGAAUCUAGACCAAGCGAUGCUUGAUCAUGAGCCGAUGCCUGGCUUCGAGGACGUACAUUUCCAGAACGAGUGGAAAAUAUUUCGUUCGAAGCCAAAGGCGAAGCCGAUAGAGCCAAUCGAAAAACGCUUCCGACCACCGUCGCCAAAACGCCGAGCACAGCCUUCACCGCGAAACAUCACGUCCCUCCUCUCGUCUACUUUGUUCGUCCUUGACCUCUACGACGUGCACUCGGUCAUUACCGCCCAGGUACUGUCGCAGCUGAUAUACUGGAUUUCUGCCGAAGUAUUCAACCGUAUCAUGUCGAAUCGAAAGUACCUUGCCCGCACAAAGGCUAUGCAAAUACGCAUGAAUGUCUCCACACUGGAAGACUGGGCGCGAUCAAACAACCGGCAGCCAGAACACUACGAGAACGGCUCCAUGACGUCCACGGGGGAGAAUACUGCUGAUGCUGCAAAACGGCACCUGGAGCCCUUGAUACAAUUACUCCAAUGGCUGCAAUGCUUUUCGUCACUGGGCGAGGAUCUAGAGUCGCUUGUAGGAACGCUGCAACAACUGACGCGCCUGUCACCCCAACAGCUAUUACAUACUGCCAAAUACUAUCGAGCAGAAGUUGGCGAGAAAGGCCUUCCCAAAAGCGCAUCAAAAUACAUUAUCCAUCUGCAGAAAGCUGCAGCCGACCGCAAAGCUGCAAAAACAAAAUCACCGAAUCCUGCACAAGGGCCAGACUCGACACCAACCACACCGAUCAAAGCGACCCCAGACAGGCCAUUCGAUAAAUCCCCAGCGCCCUCGCGGAUGUCUGAAGAGGAGGAAAAGGACGAGCCUCCAGAUGAGCUUCUUCUAGACCCCUCGUACAUGCUGCCAUUCUCACUACCAACAUCCACAGAUAUGCUCAUCAGCUAUGGGGCUGGAUUUGGAGGUGUCAACAAGGAAAGGGAACGAAAGUACAUUCCUACUGUUCCCCCGGAAUUCAUGGCCAAGCUAGACUUGUCGGGCGGAACCAUCAAGAACGGCAGCUCGUAUUAUUCCGAGUCGCAAUGGAAUGAUCCAAGCUACGGGUGAAGAUGAAGACAGUUGGUAGAGCUGCUGAUCCUUGCUAACCACAUAAUGGGCUAGCCAGUUUCAUUCUGCCUGGCUGAAUCGAAGACCAAAUUCCUUCAAGCUACGUCGCGCCUAGCAUCCAGUACGAUGAGCAUCGCAUUCAUGACAAUCACUUGUCUCCCAAGGAAUGUCACAAGCGACUAGUCCGACGAUAGACGAAGCAUAUACCUGUCACCAGAGGUUGGUUCAGCGAAAAGUCGCUUGCCUGUUGUGUUGUAGACCUGUGGACGCUGGUUAAGCCGACUGCGUACUAAUUGAGUGGAAGAAGUGGGAAUUGAAGAGGACCACCGAUUGGAUAUCACCGUAGCACCAAGACACUGAUAGAUUUCUUUUAAAAAAACCUGGCUAAUACUAUUUGAAUUGAC